CCUGCAUCAGCCUCUUGAGUAGCUGGAACUACAGGUUCAUAUCAGCACACCUGCUAAUGUUUUAAAAAUUUUUUUUGUAGAGACAAGAUAUCUCGCUUUGUUGGCCACGCAGGUCUCAAACUCCUGGCUUCAAGAGAGCCUUCCGCCUCGGCCUCCCAGAGUGUUGGGAUUAUAGGCGUGAAGCACUGCGCUUGGCCUAAAUCUUGCUUUUAAUGAAUAGUCUUUGCUUGAGAAUCACAGUUGUAUUUUUAAAGAAUUAAUAUGGCUUGGAUCAAGUAUAACUUUUUUUUCUGAUAUACUUAAGUUGUUACAUACAUUAUUCAUUUUGCCUCAUGGAAAAUACAUAAGGACCUUUUAAAGAUAAGUAAUUUAAAAGCUUUUAUUAUGGAAAAUUUCAAAUAUAUACUGAAAUAGAAUGAGAUAAUAAAUUCUGUGUGCCCAUUGCUCAGCUUGAACCAUCGUCAAGUCAUAGGGCCAGUCUCCUUUUAGCUAUAUUAUCCCUAUUACUCACCUAUACCCUUAAAACGUUUUAGUAAAUACCUAUAUUUAGUGAUAGAUAGAACCAGAUACACAGGUUAGCUAGAUUUUAGGAAGGUAGACUGAGGAAGAGAGAAAGAAAAGUGGAUUCUAUUGCUGAUGUGAACAGGUUCUCUCUGUGCUUUUGUCCUUCCCUUCUCUUUGAUUGAUAUGUUUCUGCCAACCCAUAUUUGUUGGAGCUCUUUCAAAUUUGUCUUGCAAAUAUAUCCAUUAUUAGACUGAGUUUUACCCUUUUUUAAAAUUCCCUUCUUUCCAUCAGGGUGCCUAUAAUUCUUUGUUUUUAUUUGCUUUUCACUCACAUCAAAAAGUUGGGAGGUCUGUGUCAGGGCAUGAAAUGUAAUUUGCCCUGGGACUAAACACUCACCUGGGGAUGUUAAUGUUUGUGACCAUCUGUACUACUGAAGAGAAGAAAUUAUUUUUAUAUCUAUGGUAAAUUACUCAAAAUAAGCUUUUUGCCAUCUUCUAGAGACUCUGUUGUCAAGGUUCAAAAAUUUAAUUGUAGGCUUUAACUGUUCUGCUAGAUUUGAGUACUUUGGGGCUUAGAUUCUGUGGAGAAAAUCUUUAGCCUUCUAUAAAUAGAAAUUAACUUGAUCAAUCAAGUCAUUUUCAGGAUUUAAACAAUUUUCUAGAAAUUAUAAAAUUGAAAUUCUUUUCAUGAUAAAACUAUAAAAGGUUAAAAAAAAAAAAAAAGGCCUUGAGCAAGGUUUAACUUUUUUUUUUUUUUUCUGGACUGAAAUGGAGGCUUUCUUUCAAGCGAAUUCCCUGAUGUUUGCUCUGUGUGAUUUGGCUCCAUCUCUGUAACUGCUAAUAUGUGGCAUGGAUUUCAAGUUGUUUGGGAUCUGGAUGUGCCCAAAGUCUGUGUUGCAAGACGGGAUUCACAGGCAUUAUGUUACAAAACUGGCUUGCUGCCUUCUGUUUUCUUUUUCUGUGUCCUAUGUAGCUGCAUUGUUUGUUGCAGUAUAUGCAUUAGCUGUUGUCUAUGUUCAGUUUCCUGCAGGCUGACAAAGUGGGAGGGGCUUUGUUUGUUACAUAGCUGAGUUUUCACUGUGUGAGUUCUUGAGUGCACAUUGCAGCCAUCUUAAUUACACUUUUGUGCAACUGAGACUGUGCAGCUGUCUCAAAAUGGCUGCUAACCUAGUCUUUGUAGCUGCUUAGGCAGCAAGUAUGCCAGUGAGGAGACUUGUCACAUGCAUCAGGACCAGAGAUUCAGAAUGGACAGUUUAGAAGAACCUCAGAAAAAAGUCUUUAAGGCUCGAAAAACGAUGAGAGUGAGUGAUCGUCAGCAACUUGAAGCAGUGUACAAGGUCAAAGAAGAACUGUUGAAAACUGAUGUCAAGCUGUUAAAUGGCAACCAUGAAAAUGGAGAUUUGGACCCAACCUCACCUUUGGAAAAUAUGGAUUACAUUAAAGACAAGGAAGAGGUGAAUGGCAUUGAAGAGAUUUGUUUUGAUCCUGAAGGAAGUAAAGCAGAAUGGAAAGAAACACCCUGUAUCCUAAGUGUUAAUGUAAAAAACAAGCAGGAUGAUGAUUUAAAUUGUGAACCUUUGUCUCCCCAUAAUAUAACUUCAGAACCAGACUCUAAACUGACUGCUGAACCAGUUUCUGGUGAUCCAGCCCCUGGUGAUCUGGAUGCCGGAGAUCCAGCCUCCGGAGUACUGGCCUCUGGUGAUUCCACCUCUGGUGAUCCCACCUCUAGCGAGCCCUCCUCUAGUGAUGCUGCCUCUGGUGAUGCAACCUCUGGUGAUGCCGCUUCUGGUGAUGUGUCCCCUGGUGAUGCCACCUCUGGUGAUGCCACUGCUGAUGAUCUCUCCUCUGGUGAUCCCACCUCUAGUGAUCCCAUCCCAGGUGAACCGGUCCCUGUUGAACCCAUUUCUGGUGAUUGUGUCGCUGAUGAUAUAGCCUCUAGUGAAAUAACUUCUGUUGAUCUGGCUUCUGGAGCACCAACUUCCACUGAUCCAGGCUCUGAUGAUCUGGCCCCUGGUGAUCUAUCCUCUAGUGAACUGGCCUCUGAUGAUCUGGCCACUGGUGAACUGGCCUCUGAUGAGCUGACUUCUGAAUCAACCUUCGAUCGUACCUUUGAACCAAAUUCUGUACCAGUUUGUGAACCAGUUCCUGAAAUUGACAAUAUAGAACCAAGUAGCAAUAAAGAUGAUGAUUUUCUUGAAAAAAAUGGGGCUGAUGAAAAAUUAGAGCAAAUUCAGAGUAAAGACUCAUUGGACGAGAAAAAUAAAGCUGAUAAUAAUAUUGAUGCUAAUGAAGAAACUCCAGAAACAGAUGAUACAACUAUUUGUUCAGAUCGACCUCCUGAAAAUGAAAAGAAGGUAGAGGAAGGUAAUAUCACAGAGCUUGCUCUUGGAGAAGAUGCUAUAUCUAGCAGUAUGGAAAUUGACCAAGGUGAAAAGAAUGAAGAUGAAACUUCUGCAGAUCUUGUAGAAACGAUUAAUGAAAAUGUUAUUGAAGAUGACAAAAGUGAGAAUAUCUUAGAAAAUACAGACUCUAUGGAGACAGAUGAAAUCAUUCCUAUUUUGGAAAAGCUCGCACCUUCUGAGGAUGAACUUACUUGCUUUUCUAAAACAUCUCUCCUUCCAAUCGAUGAGACAAAUCCAGAUUUGGAAGAGAAAAUGGAAAGUUCUUUUGGUUCACCAUCUAAACAAGAAAGUAGUGAGAGUUUGCCAAAAGAAGCCUUUCUGGUCCUCUCUGAUGAAGAAGAUAUUUCAGGUGAAAAAGAUGAGUCUGAAGUUAUAUCGCAAAAUGAAAUGUGCUCUCCAGCAGAAACAGAAAGUAAUGAAAAAGACAACAAACCUGAGGAAGAAGAGCAAGUAAUACAUGAAGAAGAUGAAAGACCUUCUGAGAAAAAUGAAUUUUCUAGACGAAAACGUUCUAAAUCAGAAGACAUGGACAAUGUACAGUCUAAACGUCGUCGAUAUAUGGAAGAAGAAUAUGAGGCAGAAUUUCAAGUAAAGAUUACAGCCAAAGGGGACAUUAACCAGAAACUUCAAAAGGUUAUACAGUGGUUGCUGGAAGAAAAAUUGUGUGCGCUGCAGUGUGCUGUAUUUGAUAAGACUUUGGCAGAAUUGAAAACACGAGUGGAAAAGAUUGAAUGUAACAAGAGGCAUAAAACAGUUCUCACUGAACUACAGGCCAAGAUAGCCAGGUUAACCAAACGCUUUGAAGCAGCCAAAGAAGAUCUUAAGAAAAGACAUGAACAUCCACCCAACCCACCAGUAUCACCAGGAAAAACUGUAAAUGAUAUCAACAGCAAUAAUAACAUGUCUUACAGAAAUGCAGGCACAGUGAGACAGAUGCUGGAGUCCAAAAGAAAUGUAAGCGAGAGUGCACCACCAUCCUUUCAAACUCCUGUGAAUACAGUAUCUUCAACCAAUCUUGUCACUCCUCCAGCAGUUGUCAGUAGUCAACCUAAAUUGCAGACUCCAGUGACUUCGGGUUCCCUUACAGCAACGUCAGUUCUUCCUGCACCCAAUACAGCUGCUGUAGUUGCUACUACUCAGGUGCCUAGUGGAAAUCCCCAGCCUACAAUCUCUUUACAACCUUUGCCAGUGAUUUUGCAUGUACCUGUUGCAGUAUCCUCCCAGCCUCAGCUUCUACAGAGCCAUCCAGGGACUUUGGUGACUAAUCAACCAUCUGGCAACGUUGAAUUCAUUUCUGUGCAAAGCCCACCUACAGUGAGUGGUCUUACCAAAAAUCCAGUAUCCUUGCCAUCCUUGCCAAAUCCCACUAAACCAAACAACGUUCCUUCUGUGCCCAGUCCUAGUAUUCAAAGGAACCCUACUGCCAGUGCUGCACCAUUGGGAACAACACUUGCUGUGCAGGCUGUUCCAACGGCACACUCUAUUGUACAAGCCACAAGGACUUCUUUACCCACAGUGGGCCCAUCAGGACUCUAUAGUCCAUCAACUAAUCGAGGUCCUAUACAGAUGAAAAUUCCAAUUUCUGCAUUUAGUACUUCGUCUCCUGCAGAACAGAACAGCAAUACCACCCCAAGAAUUGAAAACCAGACAAACAAAACAAUAGAUGCUUCUGUCAGUAAGAAAGCAGCUGAUAGCACAUCACAGAGUGGAAAAGCCACUGGCAGUGAUUCAAGUGGUGUCAUUGAUCUCACAAUGGAUGAUGAAGAGAGUGGAGCUUCACAAGACCCCAAAAAGCUAAAUCACACUCCUGUAUCAACCAUGAGUUCUUCUCAGCCUGUGUCACGACCAUUGCAACCCAUACAACCAGCACCGCCUCUUCAACCAUCUGGGGUGCCAACAAGUGGACCAUCUCAGACCACCAUACACUUACUACCUACAGCUCCAACUACCGUGAAUGUAACACAUCGUCCAGUAACUCAGGUGACCACAAGACUCCCUGUACCAAGAGCUCCUGCAAACCACCAGGUGGUUUAUACAACUCUUCCUGCACCACCAGCUCAGGCUCCCUUGCGAGGAACUGUUAUGCAGGCUCCUGCUGUUCGGCAGGUCAAUCCCCAAAAUAGUGUUACAGUUCGAGUGCCUCAAACAACCACAUAUGUUGUAAACAAUGGACUAACCCUGGGAUCAACAGGACCUCAGCUCACAGUGCAUCACCGACCACCACAAGUGCAUACUGAGCCCCCACGCCCUGUGCACCCAGCACCCUUACCAGAAGCUCCACAACCACAGCGUCUGCCCCCAGAAGCUGCCAGCACAUCUCUGCCUCAGAAGCCACACUUGAAGUUAGCACGAGUUCAGAGUCAAAAUGGCAUAGUACUGUCAUGGAGUGUCCUGGAGGUGGAUCGAAGCUGUGCCACUGUUGAUAGCUACCAUCUCUAUGCUUACCAUGAGGAACCCAGUGCCACUGUGCCCUCACAAUGGAAAAAGAUUGGGGAAGUCAAGGCACUUCCCUUGCCCAUGGCGUGUACUCUCACCCAGUUUGUAUCUGGUAGCAAAUACUACUUUGCAGUACGAGCCAAGGAUAUUUAUGGACGUUUUGGGCCUUUCUGUGAUCCUCAGUCAACAGAUGUGAUCUCUUCUACCCAGAGCAGUUAAACCUUGGAGCCUUUAUAUUUUCCUCUUUUAAAAUUUCCACCUUUUGGUCUUGUUUUUAAUCUUGUGCAUGAUACCCCAUGUAAAAUCCACCUUGUGCAAGAUUUCUUGGACAGAUGUGUGUAUACACUACAUUUGUUUAUAACCAGAAGCAAAAUAAACUCAGCCCACAAAGCUAGAAUCUUUUCCUGGACAGUUUAGGCUUUGGGGUUUGGAAAUGUAAAUGUGUACCUUGCUUUAGUUUUGAGGCUGGGGAAUAUGUGUGGGUGUUUAUGUGUGUUUUUCCUUAUGUGGGUGUUAUUGCAUUGGAGUCUCCCAUUUUUAUUCUCAAAUUUACCUCUUAAGGUACAAAGUAAGUAGAUCAAAGGAUUUGAGAUGUGUAACUGGCAUGAUUCUGCUUUUGAAGGAUCUGUAGUAUCAUUUUAGUUAAGUGGUUCAAACAGAAUCAAAACAAAACCCAAAGAAAUAAAUAAAAAACAAAAUGGCUAAAUAGUUUAAAAUAGGUUAAUUCGAACACAGGAAAGGAUCUAUUUGUUGUUUCUUUUGUCUGGUCUUCUGAGUUGUUAAUUAGGUGAAAAAAGAUCUGCAAUGGCCCCCUCCCUUUCCUAAUCUGGCUUUUACAUUUAUUUUGUGCCUUAAAGAUUAACUACAAAGAUAAACAUGGCCAAAAAUAAAUAAAUAAAUAUGGCCAUAUGUCCAUUGUUGCUUACUCUUCUCUUGCAGCCUUUUACCCUUGAUUUCUCCUUCAUCUCUACCAAAUAUAGCACAACUCUUCAAGUAAUUUUUUUUUUUUUUUUUUUUAGAUGGAGUUUUGCUCUUGUUGCCCAGGCUAGAGUGCAGUGGCACAAUCUUGGCUCACUGCAACCUCUGCCUCCUGGGUUCAAGCAAUUCUCCUGUCUCAACCCCAGAGUAGCUGGGAUUACAGGCACCUGUCACCAUGCCCGGCUAAUUUUUGUAUUUUUAGUAGAGAUGGGGUUUUACCAUGUUGGCCAGGCUGGUCUCGAACUCCUGACCUCAGGUGAUCCACCCGCCUCGGCCUCCCAGAGUGCUGCGAUUACAGUUGUGAGCCACCAUACCCAGCCUACUCAAGUGAUUUUUAAACCAAGGUGUGUAUGUGUACAUGGAUGUAUAUGUACACACACACACAGGUGCAUGCACAGUCUCAUCUUAGCCGGGCAUGGUGGCGACAUCACAUUUAACUCCAAAAAUUUGACGUGCUAUUUUCUUCUAAAACUAUAGAUGCUUUUAUUUUUGGUCACAAUUUAACUUUGUGUAAAGUGGACCAAGAGAAAACCAUAUUGUGGAAGACAAUUUUUCACACGUUUUAGUAUCCGUGUUGCACACUGUGUUAGAGAUUAUGAAAACGAUUCUAGUUCAGUUUAUCACCCAAAGCUAUCACCCAAUACUAACUCCUUAGUAUUCUUUCAAAGGAAGCAAAUAGUAAGAUUCACAAUAUAGAAUGAGCUAAAAUAUCAAGGGGGAAGCUUCAUUUCCUCUUUAUUCUCUUAUCGUCCUUCCUGUUUUAACCUUUUAACUUUGUUUUGAUGGUGCCAAGUUGAGUCUGAUGUACCCAUUGUUAGCUUUGGAUAGAAUUUAAAGUAUAUCCCAAAAUUAGCUGGGCAUGUUGGUGCAUGCCUGUAAUCCCAGCUACUCAGGAGGCAAGGCUGGAGAAUCGCUUGAACCCGGGAGGCGGAGGUUGCAGUGAGCUGAGAUUGCACCAUUGCACUCCAUCCUGGGAGACAAGAGGGAAACUCUGUCUCAAAAAAAGAAUUUAAAGUAUGUCUUUUGAGGUCAUUUUAAUAACAAUUAGAUAUAACCUCCUGUGUAUCUCUCUGUUCCUCUUCAAAGUUAUUAAAAUUCAGCUUAGGUCAUGGAUUUUUAAUAUGAGGGCCAGCUGUACUGGUGUCAGGUAGGUGUUUUGGGUGUAGAUAAUUUAGGACUGGAGGGCUGAGUUAAGUUUUAGGAGUGAGAAUGUCGUUGAGAAUAUUUUGAAAGGAAUUUGUGGAGUUUGUGAAAUAACUUACAAGUCCUCUUCCUUUACAAUAUUUGAAUUCAUAUUUGUACCUUCUCAAAAUAGUCAUUCAUUUUUCCUAGAAUUACAGGAGGGAGCUCUUUUACUAAUGUUGUUUUGUUUGCAACUUUGAUGGCUUAUAAUAGGAAGUAUUCUAGUUGUAAAGAAAACUCUUUAGAGACUUUUGACUGGUCAGUAUACUAUCAUCUGAGGUGUGAGAUUUGAUUCAUGAUGAAGAAAGCCUAUAGAUUGCCAAAAAAUUAAUUCUCCAAACCACCUUUCACUCUUAGAAAAUGAGACCACAAAGGAGUAUGCUAUAAAUCAAAUUUGCCAACCAACUAUGUAGAUAUUACUCAUUCUAGGACUAAUGAUGAUGGUAAAGAAGUUGCCAGUGUUAUGGCAAUGAAAACUUCAAAAAGGAGGAGUUGAUGAUCUUCUAGAUGUAUAUGAACACCUGUCUAUAUCUGCAUGUAUAUGUUUUGAACUGCAGUGGUUGCAAUGUUGAUAUGUGUUCAAGAUUAUAUUCCUGUCUACAAAAUUGAAGGCCCAUGUUCAAAUUGUUCUUUAUUGGGUGUUUUUAUGGUCACGUGGUAACAAUUUUCUUACCUAACCUACAAAAGGUUCUCUUGAUGAACAUUUUUAUUUAUAUUUACUAAUCUUUUUUAAAAAAAGCUUUCAUAGCAUUAUAUAUAAUCAGAUGAAGAAAGCCCAGUAGAAUAAAAAAAAAAGUUCAUUAUCCUAGCCUGUAUUAUGUUUUCUGUCAAAGGAAAACAAAUUCUCAAAAAGGAAUUCUAAAAAUAGAUUUACUAAAGUAAAAUAAUUACUUAAAAUGUUUUAUUCCAGUUGGAAGGAAGGUACAGGGAGAAAUCGCAAUUAUGUAGGGGAGAAGUAUAUUUAUUAUAAGAUGGUGUCCUCAAAUUAGCCUACCAUGGCAUGUAGGGGCAGCAGCUAUGUUAGAUUUACUAGAGGUGCUAAGUUAGAACACUAGGCUUUUACUGAAGCAGGUUUUAAUAUUGAUAGAUGCUUUUUGUUUGGUUUGUUUCUUCUGGGAGAGAGAAUGGAGGACUUAAGUAGAAGUAGCUACUGAUAACAGACUUUCUAGUAGCAGUUUCCACUCCACAGUUACCUUUUUAGUUUCAUAGUAUCUUUUCACAAAGUAUUACAAAUAAGCUAGAUUCUCCCAGUUUGGGAAUGCAAGUUUGCUACAUUUUUAGCCUGGCAAUAUUUGUGUAGGUAUUGCCUUAUUGGAAAUUCUGGAAACCUGAUACCGCAACCUGCAAUGUAGGAUGUUUGUGUGGCAUUUAAAGAUAACAGUGAUGUUUAUUAUUCUAUACUUUGCAUUCUGUGAGAGUAAUUUUCACUGUCUUAAGUGUGAGUAAGCCUCUUCUAAAAAUCUUGUUCUUGCCAAGAAAUUUAUAAAUCACAUACAAAGACAUCUGUUGCUAACAGUUAACUUUAUGAGGUAACUAUAUCCUUCUAUUUCUCUGGACUCAUUUUUUAAAAAUAUGCCGAAUACUGCAUACUGUUUAAGAUAGUAUAUAAGUUUAUGAGAGAAGUGGAGAGCUUUCUUCCUUGAAAAGUCGAUAUUUGUUGAGAUAUCAUUUGCCUCACAGAGAGGUGUUCCCCACUCCCAUCCCCAUUGCCAGAUAAUAAAUAUUUUGAAAAAAGUGACCUAAAACAGCUGAAAUCUUAGGUGCAUCUGUCUGCAGACCUCCUUAAGCAGGCUGUAUCUUACAGUUCCCUUACUGCACUGGGUAAGUGUUAACUUAGUUUUUGUUGUUUGCUCUUUUGCUUUAAAUAGUCUCCAAAUUACCAUUUAUGCAACAAGGUUAGGGUUAAUACUGCAUGGUAUUCAUUUAUCUUGUUUCAUGAACUUUCCAGUACUGUACAAGGUCAACAAAGUAAUGCCUGUGGUAUCCUCAUCUCUCACUUUUUUACACUGUGAUCUUAGCACAGUAAGGUACUGCAAAGACCUUCCUUCCAAAUGUUCUCUUUGACUUUACUUCUUGGGCCAAUUCAGUAUCCUUAACAUCCUAAGAUUUUGUUGUUUUAUCACUGACCUGUGGUUGGCCUGUUUUAGUCUAAUUUCUAGAAAAGUCAAGUCCCAGUAUUUGCAAUAUCAAAUAACUCUAAAACCGAUGUGUGAUUCUACCUUCCUUACUAUUUUUACUGGGCAAAUGCCCUAUUUUUUUUAUUAUUAUUAUUUUUAACUUUUGGGACACACAAAAAUCAGCAAUUCUCAUGAAGCGUUUGUUAGUGUGGCAGAUUUGUCUAAUUCCUGAAACUCAUUCAUCCCCUUGAGCCAGCCAACGGGGAGGAAUAGGAUAAUGCAAACACAUGUUUUGUUUUCUCAUUUUCAAAUAAUUUACCAUGUUAAAAUAAACUUUUCUUUGUUUUUUAUUUGUAGAAUCAGCUAAGUACCCAUAUUUAAAUGCCGUCUUUAUUAUUUUUUUGAAGUUUUUGUUUUUGUCUGUUUCUGUUUUGUUUUGUUUUAUAAAUAAGGUAACUGGGCAAUCAAACACCUUUUGGGGAUUCUGGCUUUAGUAUUUUAUCAGCCAUUUCAAAAUUAAAUAUCAAAAUCCUUUGUAAGAAACUUGCAUCCUAAUUUUUCUUUAUUGCAAUUGAAAGUGUAAAUAAUAAGACAAUGUAAGUAAGACCUUCCUAAUGUCUAAUACAAACCGGGCUCCAGCAAGUGGCCCUAUUUUUAUUAGGGUUUUGAAGGUUUGUGUGUGUGUGUGUGUGUGCGUGUGUGUAUGUGUUUUUCUUUUUUAAAUGUAUAGUAGAGUGGUGUCUGUAUAAGUGUUACCUGUAGUGGGGUUUUGUCCAGCAAGCCUGAAAUUUAUACUUUGAAAUAAAACUACUGGGUUUUUAACA